AUGUUCUAUGGAGGUAUUACUGGUGCAAACAUAUUUGUGCCUGGUAAUUGUGAAGUUGAAUUGUGAAGUUUUGUAAUUGUAGAUUUUUUUUCUCAAUCUUUCACAAAUACAAAACAACAGUUAGACCCCUUCAAAUUCCUAAGUGCAAGUACACAAAUUAUAUUCUUCGAGUCAAGCUUUAAAAACAAUGCUACACUUACAGUUGUGCUCCAAAUGAUCCCGAACAAAAGGUGCAAAACAAAUCUGCAUAUUUACUAUUUAUCUAAAUAAAUAGUAUAUUUUUUAGCAUUCACAGACACAAAACUACUGUUACGCUUUCAUUAAUUCUUUAUGACAGGUCACAGACUCCAUUCUACAAGUAACAAAAUAUAAAAGUCCUGCUCUAAUAUUUUUGCUCUUUGAUGUAAUAUUCAUUUGCAUUAUUGCAAUUAUAUCUUUAGCUCUCAUCAGGGUUUAUUUUAACAUGUAAUAAGGUUUUCACUAAGCCGCUGAGUGGUUCCAGAGAAACAUGCUCUCAUUUUGCAAACCUUCCUUGCAGCGCCUGAAAGACAGAACUCAGGAUUAAAGAACUCCUCUCCUCAACGAGAUUACAGCAGAAGUACGUAUUGUUCCGCUCCACGGGUAGAUAAUCAUUAAGCGAACGUGUAACAAGGCUAGUUUUACACUUUUUAAUUGAUCUACAGUGAGUUUUCAUGCUUUGUUUACCAAGGUGUGGGCUAAUAUCUGUAUUCCCUGCUGUCAUUGCCCUUCAGUUAAGAUCUGUUUGCGCGUGCUCCGUUGCCAUGGUGAAGGAUUCGCCAACAAGUGUUGAUAUCUAGGCGUCAUCGGCGCGCGUGAACAAAACCCUUCACCGCUAAACAACGACUCGAUUUUAAAAGCAGUUUCUGCACUUUCAAAUGUGUGAGGGACCUUCCACAAUAUCUGGGCCAAUCCCCCCAGAUCCCUCCCUGCUCCCUCAGUACUACAAACGACCUGCUUCGGCUCAUGGUUGUUUAGAAGGACACCAGAAAGGGAGCUUGGCCCUUCAACUGGGUCCUCUUGCUCCAGAUCCUGUGUUGUACCCAGAAAGCUACAGCGCUCGCUUACCAUCCCGCCGGCCCCGCGUUGGCCCUAAUGCCACUUAUAUUCUGGAACGUGGACAAAAAGGAGUUGUGGGAGACUUACUAAGACUAGAGGGGUUAUCCAUAACCCCUGUUCCCAAACAGAAGCAGAAAGUACAUGACUUUAGUAAGGAUAAUGUACGUCGACUCCGGGAGAUCCAGAGACGCUGCAAAGAGCAGGAAGCUGAGAGAAUUCAUGCCGGCCCUGUCCCAGUCAAAGCUCUGUGGACCUCCUCAAAAUAUCACAGCGUCCCAUCCAGGGUGAUGGCUCAGUUAGAGGUUUCUAGCCUACCUGUUAAACCUCAGUGUCAAACGUUUCUAAAGGCCCACUCUAAAGGCGGCUCCUCCACUCCACCAAGACCUUCGCCUGUGGCUUUCCAGCGCCCAGCUUCCUCCAGCUCCACACAAGACCUGGACUUAAUGGUGCAAGGUCAUACCAUAGACUUUGUGAAAUAUAAUGCGCGGGCUGCAAGAAAAACUACCCUUCGUCGAUCCCAGUCACUGACAAACCUCAGGGAUAAGCCUGUCCCCAGCGCAGUGAAGGGCCAAGUGCCUCAAUAUCUUGAGGAAAGAAAGAAGCAGUGGCAAAAAGAGGAGGAGGAGAGGAAGAGGAAUGCGCCUGAUCCUAGGGUCCCAGCUGGUCACAUGACAUUGCCUGACAGCGAUAGACAGCAGACACUAAAGUCCCUGAAAGACACCCACUGCUCAUUGGUGUCGGAGCUGCUCUCCCUCCCGCUAAGGUCUGAUGGUCUGAGCGUUCGCACACGUCGGGCUCAGCUUGACUGUAGACUCUCUGAGAUUGAAGAGGCCAUAAAGAUUUUCUCCAGGGAUAGGGUUUAUGUUAAAGUUGAUUCCUAACACACCAGAAGGGCUUUAAAAUAAGACAAGAUUGCCCUGCAAAUCUGCCAUUUUGUUUUUACAAUUUAUUUAAUGGAAAGAAGCUGACUUUUAUGGAAAAGAUGAUUACUUUAUUGUUGUGGAGGGAUUUUGUUAAAAAAUAUAUUUUAUAUAAUAAUUUUAUCAUGUUAAAUUACUACAUUUGCUUAAUGUCAGUAACUCUAACAUAACAUUAAAAUAUUCCUAGUUCUUAAAUGACAUGCUUUGGCUUGUGUAUGAUUUAGGAGCAACAGUGUCUCAGAAAAUUGUACACAUCUCUGUGAAAAUGCUAGGUUUUCAAAAAUAUUAAGCCUAACAAUAAAUAAUUUAAAAACUUUUCUCCAAUAUUAGGUGACACUUAUCCUGCAGAAUUCAAUGGAUGUUAGAAAGAAUAUUAAUGAUUUUGCAGCAACCUCAGUACAUAUGCAAACUUAACACUUUGUUGAACCACCUUUAAUUUAAUUUUAGAAUUCAUUAUUUUUAGUUUUGUUUUUAUCUCGACUUAUACAGAGAUUAUGUUACACUGUAUGUGCAAAAAGUUUUAAACUUAUUUAUUCCUGGUUUUAUGCUUUAAUUUUAAAACCUGGCAUUUUAACAUGAUUGUGAAUAUUUGUGAAAGCUACCUCUAAAUGUCCUAUAAAGUUGAAAUUUAAAAAACCCUGUUAUUUCCUGUGAUUAGA